CCGCCGCGUGCCAAUGACCCGCGAUCGACUCCCCAUCACCCCCGAACCAGGCCUCACCAUCCGCGAGUUCGACAUCCCCGCCCGCGACAGCCACCCGAUCCGCAUCCGCUCCUACGCCGCAUCCCCAGCGGCAGCCGAGAAGCUCCCGCUGCUGAUCUACCUGCAUGCUGAGGAGAUGGGAGCAGAUCUGUCCAAAGGGUUCGUGCUGGGAGGAACAUCAGCAGGGGGCAACUUUACGUUUGGCAUCGCCCAUCUCGCCGCACAGGAAGGCCUGUCUCCGCCCCUGACGGGCUUGCUCUUCCUGGCCUCCAGCUUCUGUCAUCCCGACGUACGCCCGGAGCAAUACAAGGAUCGCAUCCGUAGCGUGGACGAGGUCACCGAUGCGCCGGGCUUGACGAGGAAAUCCAUCGAUUAUUUCGCUAAAAUCUAUGGAGCCCCCUUUGACGAUAAACGCCUCUCCCCAUUACUCUACCCCUCGCACGCAGGCCUGGCGCAGAAAGCAGCCUUUUACGUGUGUGGCUGGGAUCCCCGCCGUGACGAGGCCCUCCUGCUGGACCAGAUCUUGCAGGAGGAGGGGGUAGACACGAAGCUGUUUGUCUAUCCGGGUCUGCCGCAUGGGUUCUGGACCACCUGUCCGGAUCUGGACGUGUCCAAGGCCUGGCAGAGGGAUUUAUUGGAGGGGGUGGGGUUUCUACUUAGUACUCUAGAUGGCAAUCAGUAUUGAAUAUACAUUAGUUAGGGUUGGGUAGGGUAGGGUUUAGGGUUUAGGGUUUACUCUUUUUAGUAAACCCUAAACCCUAAACCCUAAACCAAACCCAGCUUAUUCUAGGCUACUUAAUGCUAUGCAGUGUACCUAC